CUGUGAAAAGGAAAGAAAAAAUGUCGAAACGACAUCGCAUCGAUGUUGGGGAUUCUUACAGGAAAAGGGAGGAUGAUGGGAGAAGGGACAGGUCACGGUCUCCGGUCAAGGAAAAGUCACAGUCCAUCUUUGAACAGUUUAACAUUCCAAAACCACAGUUACAAAUAAAUCCAUUUACAGGCUUGCCACAUACACCACGCUACCUACAACUGCUGGCCAAGAGGAAGAGUCUGCCAGUGUGGGAGUAUAAGGAAAAGUUUGUAGAGGUUCUUAACAAGCAUCAGACACUUGUGCUGGUGGGAGAGACUGGCUCCGGAAAAACCACACAGAUUCCACAAUGGUGCCUGGACUGGGUACGGGUGCGGUACAACAAGAAAGGAGUGGCGUGUACCCAGCCCCGAAGAGUGGCAGCCAUGUCAGUAGCCCAGCGUGUAUCGGAGGUGGAUGUCGGUCUUGGCCAGGAGGUCGGAUACAGUAUACGAUUUGAGGACUGCACCUCAUCUAAGACUAUACUGAAGUACAUGACAGAUGGUAUGUUACUGCGUGAGGCGAUGUCUGAUCCUCUUCUUGAGAACUACGGAGUUGUCUUGCUUGAUGAGGCCCACGAGCGCACCCUGGCCACCGAUAUACUGAUGGGACUGUUGAAAGAGGUAGCCAAGCAGAGGUCCGACCUGAAGAUCAUCAUCAUGAGUGCUACUCUGGACGCUGGCAAAUUCCAGAACUACUUUGACAAUGCCCCAUUGAUGAGUGUGCCAGGACGUACCCACCCUGUGGAGAUAUUCUACACGCCCGAGCCCGAGCGUGACUACCUGGAGGCGGCCAUCAGGACAGUGCUGCAGAUUCACAUGUGUGAGGAAAUAGAGGGAGAUAUUCUGCUCUUCCUCACUGGACAAGAGGAGAUAGAUGAGGCGUGCAAGCGUAUACAUCGGGAGGUGGAGAACCUGGGACCAGAUGUUGGAGACAUGAAGUGUAUACCGCUCUACUCCACCCUCCCACCCAACCUUCAACAGAGGAUCUUUGAGCCCCCACCGCCCAACAAGCCCAAUGGAGCCAUAGGCCGUAAAGUGGUGGUGUCUACAAAUAUUGCGGAAACAUCUCUCACAAUUGAUGGCGUGGUAUUUGUGAUAGACCCAGGAUUCGCCAAACAAAAGGUGUACAACCCUCGUAUCCGUGUGGAGUCCCUCCUUGUGACGGCCAUCAGUAAGGCAAGUGGCCAACAGCGUGCCGGUCGCGCUGGUCGUACAAAGCCUGGCAAGUGUUUCCGACUCUACACGGAGAAGGCCUUCAAACAAGAAAUGCAGGAAAAUACAUAUCCCGAGAUCCUUCGUUCCAACCUGGGCUCCGUUGUUCUGCAGUUGAAGAAGCUUGGCAUUGACGAUCUCGUGCACUUUGACUUCAUGGACCCACCUGCUCCUGAGACAUUGAUGAGAGCCCUGGAGUUGCUGAACUACCUAGCUGCCCUUGAUGAUAAUGGAGACCUGACGGAGCUGGGCUCAAUGAUGGCGGAGUUCCCUCUUGAUCCCCAGCUGGCCAAGAUGGUCAUAGCCAGUACAGACUUCAGCUGCUCCAAUGAGAUUCUCUCCAUCACUGCCAUGUUGUCAGUGCCGCAGUGUUUUGUGCGCCCGACGGAGCUCCGAAAGGCAGCUGACGAGUGUAAAAUGAGGUUUGCACACAUCGAUGGAGAUCAUCUUACGCUACUCAACGUCUACCACGCUUUCAAGCAAAACCAGGAAGAUCCUCAGUGGUGUUACGACAACUUCAUCAACUUCCGAUCCCUGAAGAGUGCAGACAACGUGAGACAGCAGCUGGCGCGCAUCAUGGACCGAUUCAACCUGAAGCGCUCCAGCACGGAGUUCACAAGCAGAGAUUACUAUCUCAAUAUACGCAAAGCGCUUGUGUCAGGAUUUUUCAUGCAGAUUGCCCACCUUGAGAGGACUGGUCACUACCUGACCGUGAAGGACAACCAGAUUGUCCAGCUUCACCCUUCCACCUGCCUCGACCACAAGCCAGAGUGGGUCCUCUACAACGAGUUUGUACUCACAACCAAGAACUACAUCCGUACUGUCAUUGACAUCAAGCCGGAGUGGUUGGUACAGAUAGCACCGCAAUACUACGACAUGUCAAACUUCCCCCACUGCGAGGCGAAGAGACAGCUGGAGAGGAUUAUAGCCAAGGUCCAGGCCAAGGGCUACGAGUAAUACUGACCAAGAAAGGGAACUCGUACAACUAGCGGAAAAAGUUUCAUAUCCAGGGGAGAUAACUCUUCAGUGAAUGAAUAUUUGAAAAACUGGUGACAACCUUGGCAUCUGUCCGAGUGUCAUUGGUGCUUUUUCACUAAAAACUGAAAUGUCUGAACAAUAUUGUGAAUUUAGUUAAAUUCAUCUGAUACAUACAAGUAUAUUGUCAAUCUCCAUACAGCAGUUACUUCCCUUUGCCAUACAGAGUUCACUGCCACCACGCAUGCCAAUUACCAUAAUGAUCAAAAUAAUGUGAUGCUAAUGUGACGCAAUUCAAAAAGUUUCAUUUUAUAUCAAUCAUAUAACUUUGAAAGCAAUGGUAUGAUUAUGAAACAGAAUAAAAUACUGCAUAGAUAUUUCUAAUAAACCCUAUUUUUCAAAAACAGUUAUUAUACACUGAAAUUCAGCUUUUUUACAUAUUUAAAGUGGUAUCAGAAACAUUCUUUACUUGUCAGGGGAGAUAACUGUGUGGGAGAUUGGUAUAUUUAAAGGGACAGUGCUCUAUGAAAUGUAAAACUUUAAAAGUCAUUGUGAAUUAUUUUGUACUAUUAACUAUUGUUGUACUUAAUAUAAACAUAUUGUCAUGACAUCCCGAACAACUUAUUCUUUGUUAGUACUAUUGUAAGAAAUAGAAAAAUGGAUAUUUAUAUAUGAAUGGAAGAUUAUUUGGUAACAAUUUUAAAUUUUGCCUUAUAUUCCAUAAGAUUCACACUACUUGAAACAAAAUUAUUGUCACUUUUGUUAAAUUGUAAAAAUAUUGUAUAUUAAGUGUCUGAUCAUGCAAAAUAAAUUUAGAAAUGGUA